UAUAGGGGAGUAGGGAGGGAUUGCGAUCACGAUGAUAGCUCUGGCGGUGCUCCUAGCAUCGCAGGGCUCAGCAAUUGUGCUCUCUCCGGAGCCUUUAAUGAUGAAGUUGCGUGGGGAUGGGGAUGCGAAGAUCAGUUCGACGAAGUCCAUUGAUUCUGGUACACCACUUGAGGCGCCAGCCUGUUGUGUUACAUGAAUUUUGCCAGUUUGCGAUUUGGUCUCAGAAUUAGGUUGUUCAGAUUCUCUGUUUUUAAGAUUGGGAUUUGCGGGCUCAAAUCCCCGGAAAGUUUCGCCCUUCUUCGAUGGUAAUGACCAACAGGUACCGUGAAGUGAGAUUCGAAACCUCUUGUGCCCUUGGAAAGUAAGUUCUUUUCACAACAUUCGCAUGGUUCAUUCAGGACCACUAGCGAAGUACUCGGGCGAUAAAACUUAUCAAGCCGAUCUUGCAGCUGGGACAGUGGAGGAAUGGGCAGCAGAUGGCGCUCACACCUUAUACAACAAAGUGGGGUCUGCAAAAGAUGCAUCGUAUAACGCUGCCAGACACGCCCACGACACUACAGCAGAUACUCUCCAGUCAGCUAAAGACGAUACGAGUGAUGCAGCUGAGCAUGCGAAGGAUAAAUCGUACGAUGUCAAGGAAAUAGAGCACGAUAGUGUUGCAUCAGCGAAACAUUUAAAUGACAAGAUUAGUGACGAUGCUGGAAGUGCUGGUGACACCAUGGUUGAGAAUGUGCAGUUGGGUGUGGACAAGUCCAAGGGGUCAGCCAUUGAAGCAGCGAAGAAGAUGAUUCAUUCUGAUGGAAGAGCUGCAGGUGCCAACAGUGGAGACUCUGCGAAGGAAACAGUGCGAGACAGGACGAGGUGGCUUAACCAUGAGGGAAGAGAUCCGACCGGGGAGAAUUAUGAUUCCGCAUGGGACAUGGUGGGAGGAUAUUAUGACGAGGCAGGGCGGCGCUAUGUGAGCGCGAGGGAUUAUUACAAAUUUACUCAGCGAUUAUUAUCACACUGGAACGAAUGGCAGGCGACAUUUCAGAAACGAUCCUUCUCGGUUUUCUGAUGCGCCUGAAGACGAAACUGACCGCUACGAUGCCAUGAAGGACAGGUCGUGGAGUGCACACAGGAGUGCCAGAGGAAGAGCAGGAGAUUACUACGAGGAUUCGAGAGGGAGCAACGGAGGGUACAUCUCUGACCGACAUCAUGAGGAUCCCAGACAGUACAGAGAUUACUACGAAGCUUUACAUCAGAGAAGCGGCGAUAAGGCCACAAGAGAGGAUGACUACGAGGGUGCGAACUUCAAGCCCGGCGAUGAUUUCAGCGCACUUGUAUAAGCCAUGGGCUGGCGCCGUGUGGGUGCACUGCCCCCAGGUCAAGCCUUUGUGUCAACUCCCAAGGAGGUAGUGAUUGGCAAUGUGAAGUACGUUUGGCAAGGAAAAGGCCAGCCCCCACUUGAUCGAGCCGACGAGCUACACGACACAGUGUUAAACCACCCAACAAAAGCUGCAAUGGGCGUCGCACCUACAGCGGAGGAGAUAUCGGGCCUUGUGAAGGAUCAUGCAAAAGAGGGCACCGACACCACGAGAGACAGCGGCAGAUUGCACCCUAAGGAUGAUGACGACCCAAACGACGAAGAGGAGCAGCAGCAGUAGGCACCCGACUCAAUCCUCAUCCGAGGGGCACGAAACCUGAAAGAAGAAGGGGUGCGGAGCGCCUACGUGGCAUACGAGGCCCAGCGAUCCGUAGCGGGGGGGUAUGCCGACGAGGCGCGAGAAGAGCUGGCCAGUUUCGUUCCUGGGUUAGGGGAGAGAACCGUGGCGACUGAUCAGAUGGGCGCGCCGCUGCUGCUGCUGCGGAUGGCGGCGGCGACGCGCGCGCUGCACCUCUUCACGUUCGCGGCGGCGUAUGGAUCCGCGGUGUGGGUGACGUGUGUGUGGCGCAUGCUGUUGUCGAAGCUCAUCCCGCGACAGCAGUUCGGGGAUGUGGAGAGGCGCGUGAUGCUGGGGUACGUGAGGAUAUCGGCGGCGGGGCAUGCGGUGAUGCUGCUGCUGGAAUGCGUGUGGCAUCGGUGGGGUUCGGCCGACAGCUCGCAGCGAGAGUAGCUGGUCAUCUUCGGCGCCAUGAUCGCCGCAGAUUUGCUUAAUGCUGGUGUUCUGGAGCCCCGCCUUUUAAAGGUUUUGUAUAAGAGACUGAAUUUUGAGAAGGAUGAAGGAAGGGGUUUGGAGAGUAAUUCCAUUUACUUAAUGAAUAGGAAGAAAAUAAUAGGUGUUGAAUUAAACAAACUUGAUCAAGAGUUUAAAACAUUACAUGACUAUUCAUUGAUACUUAAUCUAACCAAUUUGGUGGGAUUAACAUGCCAUUUGUGGUACUUGGCAAAUCGGCUUUCAAUGUAGAUAAUUAUUUUAGUAUACAUUAGUUUGAUGAGCAUUAUGUAAUUAAUUUCUCUUGUACAUAAUCAAUAUCAAAUAAAGAAAUCCAUUUUUCAUGUGGAAAA